AUGAAUCGAAUAGAAGUGGACCACACAAUCUUGCAAGCCAGAUCAGUUCUAGAAAGAGUAGGCACUACUGAAGAUUACAAUACUGCUCUCAAGAAAUUGGGAGCGCUUGUCUCCGCAACUUCCUUGGAUCAUGAGUUUAGAAUAAGUUUAGCAGAUGACUUUUCCUUCCUUGAAUCAGUUGUUGAUGUCGUGACCAACUCAUUGACUGUCGAUUUGGAAAAGUCUGAAAUAGCGACUUUAUAUGUCAGAGUGUUACGAGGAAUGUUGAUUCUUUUGAGAAAUUUGGUAACCUCCACAAAAGCGGUUGUCGAUAUUCCCAUGUUGUUACUAAAUGUUCAGCAUUUCAUAACGAAAAUAGGACCAUCGAACCUUUUUUUCAGAAAAUGCUUGAGUACCCAUAUUGAGAUACUAGCAAACCUAUCUUUGAGUCAGGGGAAGAAUUUCCACUGUAACUUGCAAUUAGUCUCCCAAACUUUUGAUCCGGUACUCACACUCAUAAUGGAAGACGAAAGCAUAAGACAACCAUUCCUUAUAUUCUUGAAUGGCAUAUUCAGCCACGAUGAUAAUGUCACCUCACUAUUGAAAGAUGAAUGCAACGAGAACCUCUUAGAAGCUUUGAUCCUUGGCAACAGCAGUUCAUUAAGAGUGGGAGAAUCUGUCGAUGAGCAAGUCCUCUACAUUCUUGAAAAGAUCAUAAGCGAUAAAAGCUUCAAGAAUUGGAUCGAGAAGAAAGAAGUAACUGAUGAGUCCACUACCAUUUUAAAGAUUGCCAGACUUGUCGCAACUACCGAGAAGGAAUGGGACAACACUCAAUGUAUCAUUAUAAUGGAAUGGGUAUUUUCACUCUUUGAAAAGUGGGCUGAUAUUGCUAUCCGGCUCCUCUUUUCCAAGGAGGAAGGCUCGAAGCUCCAAGACAUUCAUGCCAAAUUAGUUAUUGCGCUUGACAUCAUCUCGGAUCUCAUGAAGUAUCAUCAAGCAAAACAAUUUUUGGAGUUCUACAAUGCCCUAGAUCCUUUGAUAAGACUUUUCAGAGCGGCACAUGAAAAUGGCGAGAUAGCGACCAAGAAAGCCUCAGGAGCUCCGAUUCAGAGAACAGGUAAAGUGCAUUUUCCUAUGGUCAAAUCUCUAAUUGUGGAAAUCCUAGCAUUCAUAGUUCAUAAUUCAUUUGAGGCUCAGGAAAAAGUUAGAGAACUACAUGGCUUGGAAUUACUCCUCUCAAACUGCGUAAUAGAUGACAAUAAUCCGUUUAUUAAGGAACGGGCAAUACUUUGUUUGAGAUUUGUAUUGGAGAACAAUCUCAAGAAUCAGGAAUUUGUUGCUCAACUUGAAGCGAAAGAAGUGGUUGACGAUCGAGCAUUGAAGGAAGCAGGUUUUGAAGUCAAUGUAGAGGACGGAAAAGUGAAGCUUAAGAAAUGCUGA